AUGGCUACUGGCGUCACACCGACUUCUCAUUUUGGCUAUCACCCACUCGAUAAUUCCUUUGUCUCCCAGACUUUUGGCAUCUCUGGCGUCUACGCUGCGACACCACGGUUCCUCGGCGUCUCGCUCGCUGAUCUCGCCGCCCACUCUCUUCCAACGGUACCCUCGCUCACCGUCGGCCUCAACGACUACCGACGGCCCUUCCGCAUCGCCUUCCUGCUUCGCAACGGCGCCCGCUCUGGCUCGGGGAACGCUUCCCUCGCUGACCAGGCUGCGGCCCACACGGAAUCACUCGGCCCGGCACUCACGUGGCUGACUCGGGAACUCCUUCGCACGCUUUCUCGGCUCGUCUCCUCCGUCUCCCUUGCGACCGCCCUUUGA